CUUCGAAAAUGAGAAACCCAGUCUUGUCUGAGCUCAGUGUUGCAGUGACUCGGAAACUUUCACAGUUCACAGUUGAGCUCCAUCUCCAUGGCCAAGUAUGUAAUUUCGCAGCUAUGAUUCAACUCCGGCGGCACAGACUCUCCUUCUCCGAACCAAAUGCUCAGGCGCUACUGCUUCCACCGCCGACGACUCCACGUGUCCAGAACCGGACUCCACUGGAAGCCCCGGGACGAGUACAAGCUGACCCGACCCGAAUUGCUCGACCGGAUCUCCCGCCUCCUCGUCCUCCAACGGUACGACGCCCUUAACAACCUCUCUUUUGAAUUCUCCGACCAACUCCUCAACACCGUUCUCCGGAAACUGAAGCUAAACCCUAACGCCUGCUUAGAGUUUUUCAAAUUGGCCUCGAAGCAACAGAAAUUCAGGCCCAAUCUCAAGUCCUACUGUAUAAUUGUUCAUAUUUUGUCUCGUGCUCGAAUGCACGAUCAAACCAGAGCCUAUUUGAAUGAAUUGGUUGCUCUCUGUAAGAGUAAUUAUCCGGCUUUCGUGGUCUGGAAUGAGCUUGUUAGGGUUUAUAGGGAGUUUACAUUUUCUCCCACGGUUUUCGAUAUGAUUCUCAAGGUGUUUGCUGAACAAGGCAUGACAAAGUAUGCGUUACAUGUCUUUGAUAAUAUGGGCAAGUGCGGUAGGGUGCCGAGUUUGAGGUCUUGUAAUUCUUUGUUGAGUAAUUUAGUCAGGAGUGGUGAAUGUCACACUGCAUUGCUUGUUUAUGAGCAGAUAGUUAGGUUGGGGAUUGUUCCGGAUGUUUAUACGUGUUCGAUAGUGGUGAGAGCAUAUUGUAAAGAGGGGAGAGUGAGCAGAGCGGCGGAGUUUGUGAAAGAAAUGGAGAGUUCGGGUUUUGAGUUGAAUGUAGUGACUUACAAUUGUUUGAUUGAUGGGUAUGCUGGUCUGGGAGAUGUUGGAGGAGCGAAAUCGGUGUUGAGGUUGAUGUCUGAAAGGGGAAUUAAGAGAAAUGUGGUGAGUUGUACACUGUUGAUGAAGGCUUACUGCAAGCAAGGUAAGAUGGAGGAAGCGGAGGAGGUGCUUCGCGGUAUAAAGGAGGAGGAGCCAGUGGUUGUGGAUGAGCGUGCAUAUGGUGUGUUGGUAGAUGGAUAUUGUAAAGCUGGCAGAAUGGAUGAUGCUAGUAGGAUACAUGAUGAGUUGUUGAGGAUUGGUUUGAAAAUGAAUACUAUCAUUUGCAACUCCUUGAUCAACGGGUAUUGUAAGCUUGGUCAAGUUUGGGAAGCAGAGGGAGUAUUGCAGCGUAUGAGAUCUUGGAACUUAAAGCCAGAUUCUUAUAGUUACAAUACCCUGAUGGAUGGUUACUGUAGGAAAGGUCAGACGAGUGAAGCAUUGAAGCUUUUCGAUGAGAUGCCUGAGGGAGGAAUCCAUCAAACUGUGGUAACUUAUAAUACCAUUCUCAAGGGUUUAUGUCAAGCAAAUGCUUUUGAUGAUGCUUUACACCUUUGGCAUUUAAUGUUGAAAAGAGGGUUGGCUCCUGAUGAGGUUAGCUACUGUUCUCUGCUUGAUGGGUUUUUCAAGAAGGAAGAUCUUGACGGCGCUAUAACUCUGUGGAAAGAUAUUUUGGCAAAGGGUUUUACCAAAAGCCGGUUUGCUUUCAAUACAAUGAUUAAUGGGUUAUGCAAGAUGGGGAAAUUGGUUGAAGCGGAGGAGAUCUUCGAUAAGAUGAAGGAGCUAGGAUAUUUACCUGAUGAGAUAACUUAUAGAACCCUGAGUGAUGGGUACUGCAAACUUGGGAAUGUUGAAGAAGCUUUCAGAGUUAAAACUUUGAUGGAAGGCCAGGCAAUAUUUCCUUCGAUUGAAAUGUACAAUUCUCUCAUCAGUGGUGUUUUUAUGUCUAGAAAUAUAAGUAAAGUGAUGAAUCUUCUUGCUGAGAUGCAGACAAGGGGACUAUCCCCUAAUACUGUAACAUAUGGAGCCCUUAUCUCUGGUUGGUGCAAUGAAGGGAUGCUGGAUAAAGCUUUUAGUUCAUAUUUUGAGAUGAUUGACAAAGGGUUUGACACCAAUUUGUUUAUUUGCAGCAAAUUUAUCAGUACUCUGUAUAGGCUUGGAAGGAUUGAUGAAGCAAGUAUUCUGUUGCAGAAGUUAGUACAUUAUGAUCCUUUUCCAGUUCAAAAAGGUGAUAUUACACAACGCGAAAUUCAAAAGUUUGCAGAUUCUCUUGAUGAAAGUGCUAUAAGUGUCUGUCUUCCCAACAAUGUAUUGUACAACAUUGCCAUCUUUGGAAUCUGCAAAUCGGGGAAGGUUGGUGAUGCAAGAAGAUUUUUAUCAGCUUUGUUACUUAGUGGCUUUUCUCCAGACAAUUUCACAUAUUGUACCCUGAUUCAUGCCACUGCUGCUGCUGGUAAUGUGAACGAGGCUUUCAGCUUACGAGAUGAAAUGCUGAGAAGGAAUCUUGUUCCUAACAUUACCACAUAUAAUGCUCUUAUAAAUGGCUUGUGCAAAGUAGGAGAAUUGGAUCGAGCGCAGAGGCUUUUCUAUAAACUUUGCAAGAAGGGGUUAGCUCCUAAUGCUGUUACCUAUAAUAUAUUGAUUGAUGGAUACUGCAGAACUGGCAAUACUGUUGAAGCUUUUAAAUUUAAAGACGAGAUGAUUCUAGAAGGGAUUGUUCCCUCUAUAAUCACUUAUUCUGCAUUGAUCAAUGGUCUUUAUAAGCAAGGAAAUAUGGAAGAAUCUGUGAAGCUUUUGAGCCAAAUGAUCAAGGCUGGAGUGCAACAAAACCUAGUCAGUUAUGUACUCCAGUUUAGUUGAUAACACUACAUUUGGGCUAUUGAUCUUCCAACUUCAGCAGCUUGUUGUUGAAUGUGCAUCUUUAUGCUUUCCAAUUUGGAGUUCUGACCACUGCAAUUUGGAAGCCUGUUUGCGUUUUCAAUAUAAUUCCUGACCAAGUGGUCCAGAUUUUAACAGACCACGAUAUGGGUAGGCUCUGCAAGAGUUUUUGACAGUUUUAGCUGCAAAGUAGUGCAAGAGCAUUGUCAUGUGAGUUAUAGAUUACCUCCACAUUUGCAACUUAGAGAUGAUUUCUAUUAGAACUUUGUCAAGAAGUGAGAACCCACAAUUGGAAGAAGAUAAACUACUUGGCAGAGGAAUACCAGAAGGUCUGAAUGUGGAAUCUCCUCCUCAGUACAGAAAUGCAUAUCUUCCUAUCCCAAGGAAAGAUCAGCAAAGAGUGUCCUUGAUCUUUUGGGUGCAUGCUGAGGUAAGUUUUGACCAACAUUCGAGCUGCCUGACUUAAGUUUGACAUCCAGAAUGUCUCCUGCUGUAAUGCAACCUGCUAAUUUGAUUUACAAGGUAAAAAGUUUACUCCUUUGAGCUAGUCCGGUUUAAAUAAUUCAAUUAUUUAAAUAUGUUAACUUUUUCAAGGCAAUGUAUUCUUGGUCCGUACAAACUAUAUGUAAUUGGUUCUAAUCUUUCAUAAACUGAUUGGGCUUAGGUUUAUGAAUUAAUGCCUUGAUAAGAACCAUCUCAUCUCUUUCCUAUCUCUUUCACUAAAUAAAGAAUCUAAUCAAUGAUCUAUGAAAGUUUGUAUAGAUGCUACUGUUUCAAACUAUUAGAAUUUAGAGAUGCCAAUUAAUCUCCUCUUCCUUCAAGUAUAUAGUCCAUUUUUGGUUGGUCUUCGUUUUUUGUAGUUCAUCUUUGAUAGAUUCCAGAUUUCCAAUAAGCCCUAACAAUCUUACUGAAUUUAGAACACCAUCCAUCUUGAGUCCAGAAAUUUUACUGUGUCAAGUGGGAAGUAUGUGGACUCUGCAAUCAUGACUCAUGCAGAACGGUAAGAUGUCAACCCCUGAAGCCUGAAGGUAUGUUCAUUUAUAUAUGUGUGUGUGUGUGUGUACUUUUAUUGCAUUAUUUACAGGAGCUCAAUGUGACUUCUGAGUUCUGAUACAAGUGUUCUCUGCUAUAUGGUCAAAUGGGUUACAAACACGCUUAGGUCCAAAGUGUUGUUGUCGAAGUAAAACAAUUUUCAGAAGAAGUGUAAUAGGAUUUACAGUCGAUUGUGAAUUGUGAUUGGGUAUAUGUUUGAGCUCUGUCGUUUGAGUUCUAUCAUCUAUGUGGAAGUAUUUCUAUCAAAGUGAGUUGGUCAUUGGUUUUCCUUUUUUCUUCUUUCUUUUUUUUAAAUCUUCUUUUCUUAUUCUGAUUUAGUAUGCGGAUGUUAAAAGCUAAAUUAAUUUUAGUAGACUGGUGUUUCCUCUUGACCUCAUGAAAAUGUGCUUCCAUGAAUUCAUCGUGACAUCAGAAGCCAUAACUUUCUUAACUAGGAUAAACAAAAAUAUUGACACCAAAUCAAGACAGCUAAUAGUAUAAGCUUUCAUUCUCAAAGGGAAAAAAAAACAAUAAGAAGAAGAUAAUUAUGUGGCAUCUUUUAGUUAUUUAAUUAUUGGUGUGAAGUAUGCCUCAUUUAAAGGCGUAGACUUACAGGCACCUCAUGAAAUUGACAGGCAGGAAUUAAAGUUAUGUCACAUCCCGCAUUGGCAUUCAGCUCUGCGUAUUGAUAUGGGGACACUUACAUGUGAAAAAACAAAGGGAAUUGCUAUUUAGUUUCAGGUCUGCCACUCCAGUCCUACUGUAAACAGCAUUUUGAGUGAGGUUGUUAGAUGGUCUAUAAAGCUUUCAGCUUCGUUUUGGUGAAGCAGCAAAUUGACAUGUAAUAAGACUGUCCUUUGGAUAUUUUGGCGACUUGAAAAUGUUUAAUUACUUUGGUAUCAUGGUAUUCUUGAAUGCACUUUUAUU